AUGGGUAAGAGGAAGUCCAGCAAAAAGCCGCAGGUCAAGCGCAUCAAGCAAGUUCUUGACAAGUCAUUUCGAUGCCUGUUCUGCGCUCACCAGGGCAGCGUGACCUGCAAAAUGGAUAUGAAGACGCGGAUAGGGCGGUUGGACUGCAAGGACUGCGGGCAGAGCUUCCAGGCCGACAUCAACCACCUCUCUGAGCCGGUCGACCUCUACUCGCAGUGGAUCGACGCCUGCGAAGCCGUCAACCGCGAUGCCGCUCCUCCGCCCAAGACUCCCGCCGCCGCCUCCGGUACGGGCAAGAAGCUGCAGCAGAAGAAGAAGCGACGAGCCGCUGGGUCUGACGAGGACGACGAGGAAGAGGAGGAGGAUGGAGACUAUGACGAGCGGAGGGAGAAGCAGAGGGGACGGGACUUGAGCGAGGAGGAGGAGGAGGAGGAGUUGCCGGAUCUGCGGCCGAAGAAGAAGAAGAGGGUCGAGGAUGAUGAUGAAGAGGAGGAGGCACAGGCGACUGGAGAUGAAGGCGGAGCGGCGGGAGGAGACGAUGACGACGAGUGA